GCCCCAAUGACGUGUAAACAUUUGAAAAUGACAAGCAUUUCUCAGGGAAUUUUACGCAACCCUCGCAAAGGUUUAAAUUAUGCUAAAGUACACUUUACCCGGAGUCACUUAUUGACAUUUGUGUACCCUGUUGUUUGGGCUCUACCAGAAUAUGCAGUGAGCUGGGGAAGUGCGAGCUAAAUCAGUGUUGAAAUCGAUACGAAGGGACCACGACCAGUGAUACUCCCCAACUCGAAGAGAUGGCGUCGGCUUCGAGUAGCAGCGCUCGUCACCUUUUCAGCGACAGCAAGCGCCGUCUGGCGGACCGUGUAAGCGUGAAUGUUAACAACAUCGGCUCAGUGGCGCGGCAAAUUGUCCGGAGCUCAAAAUCAACGGAAAAAACCAUCGAAACCUAUGUACCCAUCUUUAGUUUAAAGGUGGGGAAAAAGUAUCUCAUCAUUGAAUUCAGGUCUGUAAAAAGUGAAUAUGGGCAAUGUUUGAUGGUUCAAAAUGAUUCUUAACCAGAAGAGUAGCGUGUGCUGAAUGCCAUACAGGAACAUUAUUUUGAUUUCGAAGGAGAAGAUAACAAUUAUUCAUCUGAUGCAUUGUAAUCUUGGGAAAUAGUUUAGUAAGAUAUCUUCACAGCAGAUCUAAAAAGUUUUUGCAUUACAUUGUAAAAUAAUUUCGUAGCAUUGUUUGGUAUUAACCAGUAUAGACUCAAAUACUGAUAAAGAUAUAUAAAUAAGUUUAAACAUUUUGUUAAUUCUAAAGAACAUUAAUUGUUAUAAAACUGUAUAUAUAUAUGUGUGAGUAAGUAAAAUAAAUAUUUGAAUUUUAUCAA